UAUUUUAUGAACAGCAAAGCAGAAUUACUUAGUAAAUAAUUAACUAGUUAAUGAUUGACCAAAAAAACUAUAUUUUUAUUCAAACAAAUAAAAUAAAAUGGCAGACAAACUUACAGUAGAAUUACUAUUCGGAGGCGGUGCAGAACUAUUAUUUGACAAAAUAAAGAAGCGAACUAUCGAGCUGCCAUCACUGCAGAAGUAUUUUCCUGAGAAUAAUAACGAAAAAUGGACAAUAAGAGACCUCCUUGUCUGGUUGAAGGAUAACCUCCUUCGCGAACGGCCUGAACUUUUUCUUCAGGGGGAAUCUGUGCGGCCAGGCAUAUUAGUUCUAAUAAACGAUGCUGAUUGGGAGUUGUCUGGUGAAUUGAAUUAUGAAAUACAGAAUAAUGAUAGUAUAAUGUUCAUUUCUACAUUACAUGGUGGUUAAAAGUU